GAAAAAAACUAUAGAAGAAGAAGAAGGAGGAGGAAGAAGAGACCACCGGAAGUGUCAGCCGUUGGAGUCUACUACAACGUCAGGUGAUUUCUUCUCGGGUUGACUAACAAACGCAACUGAAAUAUUUUGGACGUGAUAUUUUUGACGAGCUUCAUGCUUACUUGGCGAAGAAUGUCAGAGUUAAAAAGAUGCGAGAAAGAAAUGUUCCACUGAGUUGGUUCUCAGCGCUGGCUACUUAGCUAAGCUAUCCUCCCCGGUGGAGCCUGACAACUAAACUGAAUGGAACACUUUCAGUUUACCUUCAGCUGAGGAAACUGAAGCUUAAAGUUAAUGCAGCUCCUUAGACUCAUCGCUGCCUGUCGGAACUUGAGCUAACACCAUAAAUGUAGCUUCCUGAACGGAAUCCGACACCUGAAAUGAAUGCAAGGCUUUAAAGCGACCCGUAAGCACUCGGGGUCUCGUGUUGACACGCAGACUCGCAUCUGGGCUUCCGUUGUUUGAACAUAAAAUGUGGCUGCAGCAGAGACUGAAGGGGCUACCGGGCUUGUUGUCGAGUAGCUGGGCGCGACGGGUCCUCAUCGGACUGCUCCUCUUCCUCAUCUUCUACUGGUACCUGGGGGCAGAGCGCAGGUGGACGUUCCUGGGCGGUUCGGCUGUGCCCGGAGGCGCGGCGGGGGAGUGCCUCCAGAGUGAGAUCCACAAGUGGAAGUCCAUAGCGGAUCGGGGAGAGGGGGUCUACAGCACGCACUCUGAGCCGCUGGACACGCCUUUCGUGACGGGGAACGGCCAUAUUCUCAUCGAUGUGGACGCCAACAAGUUGUGGGUGGCCUCGUCUUCACAGCCGGGCUCAGCCCCGGUUCACCAAACCGAACACUCUCCGAGGGUCAACGUCCACCUUGUGGGGAGGCGAGCCGAGGCUGAAGCUAACUUGCUGGGGUACCGGAAGGGAGCAGUGCUCUCGGUCCGGUGCGCCUCGCCGGCCGCGGUGCAGUCCGCCCGGGACUGCGUGUCCAUCCGAGAGGAGUUCAUCGCCCACCGGAGCCGACCCAACGUGUACCUGCAACGAAUCCACAUCAACAACCCCUCAGAUCGGGUCGCUAACGUGGACAUAUCACCCGGCAGCCCAGGAUCGAGGAGCAGGUUUUCCUCCAGCGUGGACACGCUCGACGACAGAGAGGUGGAGCUGUCCUCCGGGACGGUGCAGGUGGAGAACAGCCAGGUCGUGCUGGUGGUGGUGGUCACCAGAAAGCUGAAGAACAGGAUCCAGGUCGCUGCAAAAUCCGAGUACUCGGACAACAUCCUGUCUGUGGUCUGGACCUCAGAGCCCAUCGAGUCCUCGAAGCUGGAGGCGACCUUCAGCAGCCUCAGAGAUGGCGCCAAGAAGGAGAUGGAGGAGCUUCUGAGGGCUGACGUGAAGGAGCUGGUUCAGGAACACCAGCAGGCUUGGAUGGACCUCUUUAGCUCAGGUAUCGAAAUGAGAAAGAUCACGGACUCCAACACGCCAUCCAGCCGCACCGUGAACAUCACCCUCUACUACAUCCUGUCCUCCUCCACUGCGCCUCUGCUCGACCAGCGGCUGAGCGCGGAGGAGCGCGCGCGCCUCGUAUCCAGCCUCAACUACGCCGACCACUGCUUCAGCGGCCACGCCACCAUGCACGCCGAGAACCUGUGGCCCGAGCGUGUGAGCAACACGGCUCAGAUCUUGCAGCUGGUCACGCUGUGGACCCUAACCCUGCAGAAGAGGGGCUGCAAAGUGCUGGUUGCCGCCGGCGCCCACGGGGCCAUGCAGGGCAUGGUGCUCAGUUUCGGCGGCCUCCAGUUCACAGAGAACCACCUUCAGUUCCAGGCCGACCCGGACGUGCUGCACAACAGCUACGCCCUGCGGGGGAUCCACUACAACCAGGAUCUGAUCAACCUUGCCGUGUUGCUGGACGGUGAGGGGAAGCCCUUCCUGCACCUGUCGGUGCGGCAGCAGGAGGCGGCAGUCAAGCUGUACGCCUGCGAGGCCGGCUGCCUCAACGAGCCCGUCGAGCUCACCUCCGAGGUCAAAGGCCACACGUUCCCCGUCAUGGUGACCCAGCCCAUCACGCCGCUCCUCUACAUCUCCACCGACUUGCGCCACCUGCAGGACCUGCGCCACACGCUGCACCUCAAGGCCAUUCUGGCUCACGAGGAGCACAUGGCAAACAGAUACCCCGGCCUGCCCUUUCUGUUCUGGUUCAGUGUGGCGUCGCUCAUCACCCUGUUCCACCUCUUUCUGUUUAAACUCAUCUACAACGAGUACUGUGGCCCCGGCGCCAAGCCUCUCUUCAGGAGCAAGGUCUCCAGCAAAAGGGAAGACGACUGCCGCGACUCCUCUGAGGUCGCUUAAGCGUAGCUUCAGCGCGGGUUUGCUGCUGCUACUGUUGUUGUGGACAUAUUGACAUGGUGGGUGGGUUGUUUGCUGUUCGUUCCGAUCCUAAAACCUCUGAUCUCCAACUCGCCUACUGUGCUUUAUGGAAAAUAACAUCCAACAUGGCGGAAUAUUGCUCAGAAAUCAGCUGGGAAACCAAACCACAGGGCUGGAAUUAGCAAUAGCGUUCAUAAAAAUAAUUAGUUUUACUCUGCAUGAGUACAUAUACCGAAAUUGUGUUUUAAAAAGAAAAUCACAAGUUAUGAGUUAGAAUUGAAUAUGAAACCGGUCUUUUGUAGAAAAGUCUCUAGAUUAAGCCUUUAAAAAAAAAAAGAAAAAAGUCCUGAUUGGUUCAGACAUGGUGGUGUGAGCCACCAGGUCAAACAGGAAGAGCUGAAUCUAUGCCAGGCGAUCCAGGUGGAAACCAGCAGUUUCAGCCUUCUGUUUACCUUUCACACAUUUCAUUAGAACCUGCAAAACUAUUGCAGCAUGCAAUAGUUUUCACCAUUUACUUCUGUAAACCUAGCUUCAGUGUCAUACGCAGGCAUGUUUUCUAAUGGCGUUGUGCAGAAACAAAUAUUUAAAAAUCAAGUUAUCUUUCUGGUUUUAAUAUAACAAAAACAUACGUUGGAGUAAAUAGUUUGAUGCUGGUGGUAACAAAGUGCCUAAAUAUGAAUUUAAAUUCAUUUUUUGUCCAGUUGGUGUAUGUUGAUUAUCAUUUUUCUGUGUAAAACACUACAGACACGACAAAGGACUGUUAAGCAAAGGUAGGGAGGGCUGGAUCAGGCAUGCCUGUAUGGAGGAUUAAACAGGACAAAAUUAAUACUUUAAGUCGUUAAAUAAAUUCACCAUAAAAUAAAUUCUUAAUCAGAUGUUUACAUAUGCCAUGAAAUAAUUAAAAUACACACUUGUAAUAUCAGGUAGUUAAUCAGAUGUAUAUUUAUUUCAAGGUUCCUAUUUCUGAGGCAUGUUAAUGAAACAAUCUGUCAAAUUCGCCUAUCAACCAAGAAGCAGGGAUAACGUCGAUCUACUUAACUCCACUAGUUUCCACUAGAAUGCUCGGCAUUCUAGCAAUCCUUCGACUUCAUCCUCCACUUAGUCUGGAUGAUCAUCUGCUAAUUGUACAUAUAAUCUCUCCAACUCGCAGAAAAGCUCCUGAAAAUUGUCCAUUAGAGAGGCUGCCAUGAUUUUCAAAGAAUCAAUCUAAACUAGUGGAGCACAAGUUGCACCCUCUGAUUUUGAUAUGCGAGUAUGACCGAUUAAAGUUAUUAAUUGGUAUUAUUUAAUUAACUAUCUCCAUUGACUGUUAUAAGUUUGACUUUUUUUUUUACCCUCCAUAUGUAUGAUUGCGUACUGGGGACAGGGCUGAUUAAGACAGCAGAAGCAUGAAAUAGUGACAAUUGUUCUGAAACAUUUGGGCCCCACUUGGGGUCUGCUGGUCAUAAUUACAAUGCAGCUUCAUGUAUUUAUUCACAGCCAGUCCCAGUGCUGGUCUUUACAACUAAAAUCUUCUGCAGAGGAGGGUCUGGGUUUUUCUUUGGAGCUUUAACAGUUUACCCAUUCAAUGCCUUGCUAGUUGUUCACAGGGAAACUGAACAGUUCUGCUAAUAAAGUAUUCAAGUAAAUGAAUGUAAAGCAGUGAUAUAUCAGUACGAUACAGGGCAGCGCGAUUUUCUAUAUCAACACCUUUUUAAAAUGAAUGGCCUGAGUCAUUUCUUGCCAAAAAGUGACUUAGGCCAUUAUUUUAGGAAGGCUAUGAUAUGCCAAGUCACAUAGUGACUUGUGAUAAAUGAAGUGUUAAUGUCGUUCUGCAUUGGGGUCACUGCAGACAUUGACCCUAGUAAAGGAGUCGUCUCUCCAACUACUAGGAAAAUAAUUUCUUAUUUCCAUCUCAAUAACAAAGUUUGUUUUUUUUUAAAAUUAGCUUUGAGUCAAAGUUUGUAGUUCUGGCUUCAAAACAACAUAGUUGUAGAUUUGUCCGCCUUAUGACCACUUUUCCAUCCAAAACAGUUUGGUGCUGCAUUUAACAAUAUCAUCCAAUCUGCCACUGCCAAUACGUCUGAACACAUCUUUACAAUAUGCAUAUUAUGAUAAUGACCAAUUUGGGACAUAAUGUUCAGGCCUAGUGUGAAACUACACGACAGCAGAAGCUGUCCCUAGAGUGACUAAGAUUUCUCCAGGGAGAGAAAAAGUGAAAAUCUGGCUCUGACAGAGAAAAUGUGAAGAAAUGGGACUGUGGUGAGUUCUAGACGAAUUGUGGCUGUAGUUCUGUGACUGAACUGAAACAUGGCGUUCAGUCAAGCUUCAAGCGGGACUCUGACGGAGAAUCCCAGGCAAGACUGUUGGAGUGGGUGAACACGACUCCUUCCUUUGGUUGACUGGCAGCCACUGUCUUUAGCUUCUCAUGCUAACAAAGUCCAUCCUCUAAUGGCACGUUAGAUCGCAUUUAGCCUUUUCCAUCUUUUUUUUUUUAACCUGAAGCAUGUAACCUUUCUCCAGUUCACCAUCUUUACUUCUCAUUUUCAGCAUUUCUCAUAACAUCUAACCAACAUCAGCUUUGACAAGUCAUGCUCUGCCUGGUUUUUCUAGCUUUACUCGAGCUCUGGAGGUGUCUCUGAAAGUGUCGCUCGGGUUGCCUGACCCCUAGUCUGGAUUUAAACCCCAACAUCAGACUCACUUAGGAACUGGACCCCGAUGGACAGCUUCCUCACUGUAUUUGGGAAGUAGAUUAUUCUGGGAACGCAGGGUGUAUUGAAUCUUCUUUGGGCUUUUCCCCCUUCCAGACAGAACAUUAAAACUGAUUCCUCUGUUCACACAUGGUAGUUCCACUUGGCUUCACUCUGAUUUUUAGGUCCUUUUCCCUCGGUUUUCAUUUUCCAGGUGAUUUAUUUUUGUUCCGUUUCUCUUUAUGGGUUUGUUUAUUGUUUCUUCUUUAAUGUGAACUACUGAAUAUGUCUGAAUGAAGAAAUAAGUUAAUUUAUUGAACAUUUGCAAUAAUCCCAAUGCUUUGUACUUGAAGUCUUUGUGCUUAUAAGUUUGAUUUGGGUUUAUUUUGGGGAGAAUAAAUCACUUAUUAAAAUGUGG